CAAGUCGGCCGCAACGCCCCGUUGUCGGGUCGUCGGUACCGCAUGGUACAUACUCGUUCGGCGAGUGUGGUGCGAGCAAUCAGGGCACGGUGCGGAAUCCGACCCUGGUCCGCAAUGCUGAGCGCCCAAACUUUGGGUUGCAAUGUUGCAAUGGGCGCUCGCUGCUCGCUGCCCCGCUGUUCCUGCUCCCUGCCCACCACGCGCACUCAUGCAUGGCACCUCUCCCAGCGCUCUGUCUGUGGGAUGAACACCCUUCCCACUUGCACUUGCCUCCAUGAGGUUGGAUGGCGACGGCUGAAGCGGCCCAAUGCACCCCCCUCCCUCCGUCCGGCUUCGCCAGGGUGUUGGUGCUCAGGUGCAUCUGGAUAUCUCGUCUCCGUAUCUAGUGGUCCACUGCGUACCGCUCAUCACCUCAUCACCACGGCUCGGGGGUUUUGGGGGGGGGGGGCGAAAGGCAGAGAGGCCCGGGGCGCUGGAUGAAGCUGGGAGGUUGUGCUGGUCGCCCCUGCCCGUUUGUUUCUGGCGUUGCAUGUCUUUCUUCGAGCGAGUUUCGGCUUGGCAUUUAUGGGAUUGGCGAACUUUCCCUGGACGCCACCCAUGCGGCGGAAUCGCUGCAAUCGCGCUGGGCGAUAAAAUCAAAUCUCCGCAACCCUCGUUCGGGGCCACCCAUCCCCCGUCAAAAGAAAUGGGACGGCUGCCGAGCGGAACAGAAGCACAGAAGCAAAAGAGGAACGUUCUUCUGGCCCCGCCUGCAUGGCACGACCGAGGAAGGCUAGUGUUCGUUACCUCGCCUGAGUAUCAAACCAGCCUCCUCUCGUCCAGAAUCCAUUGUCAGCCCGGUAGUUAUCUGUCACCGCCCGUCCCACGCUUCCUGUCUGUCUGUCGCCUCCAAGCAAACGAACUUGAACCAGAAGCGCGCGAGACGUUGCAGCGAGGCGAGAAAAGAAAGGAAAAAAGUCCCAGAAUCCAACGCGAACUGUGUGGAAGCCACUUCUUCAAGCCCGCCCAUUCGUCGGCGACCCAAGCAACCGGCGUCAGAGCAAAAGCCGCUUUCCUCGAAGGAGUUGUAGCAGAGAGGAACCCCCCGGACCGAGUGGGGAGUGUGGAGACCCACCCGUUUGCGCGUUUCUGAUUGUUCAGCGGCACCCCUGACUCUCUCCACCAUCCUGGUUCCGC